CCGCUCUCGCCGCCGCCCGUCCCGACUUAGGCCAAGCCAACCGCGUCAUCGUCUUAUCUCUCUCCCAUCAUUCAUCUAUCUGAUCUCAUCUCCUAUCUUCCCUCUCUCUCCUCCCCGUCGUCUGCCUUCUCUGCCCGGCAAGACCGCCUGCCCAUGUCCGUGGCGCCGUGCGCGCUUCUCCUGCCCUGCAAUCCGCUUCCUCAGCGCAGCUCCGAUCCGCCAACGCCGCCCAAGGAGCCGGGAUCGGCCGACCGAUCGGAGACGAGAGGCAGGCAGCGGAACAGAGCAGCGGCCCGCAAGGCGAUUGCUCUAUUCUGCCCUGUUCCAGCGUUCCAUGCAUGGAUGCCAAGGAACUCAUCUCACAGUCCGACCUGCAGUCGUUCUACCAGCAGCAACAACAGCAGCACCGUGCCUUCGGCGGCCACCAUAGCCCGUCCUCGCUGGCCGGGAUGCACUCCGUCAUCCGACCCAUGCCCAACAUGAAUAUGAGCCCAACUGCUAUCCUUAACUCCAUCAGCGGGGGUUCCCUCGCCGGCAUGCAGUUCCAGAUGGACCCGCCCCCACCAUUGCUGCACAACAUCAACGCCACCGGCGCUGUCACACCGGCCCCUGCGGAGCCUCUCAAGCGCAAAAGAGGAAGGCCGCGCAAAUACGGACCCGAUGGCACGAUGAGGCAACAGCAACAGCAACAGGCUGCGUCAUCGCAGCAGCAGCUCGUCGCUACACAACCGAGGAUAUGUUCUCUAUCGUCGGGUCCCGACAUGCUCGGCAGCUCCGGUAUGGAGGACCCCGCGCAGAAGAAGCGGCGCGGCCGGCCGCCGGGCACCGGCAAGAAGCACCAGCCCUCGACCUCACAAGGUCCAGGCAAUGCGUUCGCCGGUUCGGCUGGAACGAGCUUCACUCCGCACAUCAUCACGGCGUCUCCUUCAGAGGACGUGGCGGCGAAGAUCGUUGCGUUCGCCAGCCAGUCGUCAAAGGCGGUGUGCGUCCUCUCGGCGAUGGGUUCCGUCUCCAGGGCCGUCCUCCGCCACCCGGCCGACGGCUCUCCCAUGGCGAGGGUUCACGCGUCGCCGCAGCCGUACAAGAACCCUGCUGUCUACGAGGGUUUCUACGAGAUCCUGAGCCUAACCGGCUCGUACAACCUGGCACAGGGCGGCGGCCUCAGCGUCACGCUCUGCAGCCCUGAGAGGAACGUGAUCGGAGGCGUUCUGGGCGGCCCACUGGUAGCUGCAGGCACCGUGCAGGUGGUUCUGGGGAGUUUUCACCAGGGAGGGUCGAGAUCCAAGUCCAAGAAAGCCGGGAAGCAGCAGCAGGCGGCGGCCUUCAGCCCCGACUCGCUCACCGGCGGCCAGGAGGCGUCGCCCAGCUCCGGGCACAACCAAAAUCUAACGCCGCCGCCCUCCGUGACGGGAGGGUGGCCCACCUCCGGCAUAUUUGACACCAGAAGUUCCAGCAUUGAUAUCAACUCGUCUAGAGGCUAGCUCAUUCGUCGAUAUAAUUCCAGCUCGACAGAAAUUUUCUGUUUUCGCACAAGAAUACCCAAAAACCAUACUUCGAAAUAGCUUAUUCGCUUCUUUCUUUUGAGUAAUUAAAUUCGUAUAGAAUUCAUAGGC